AUGGAAUGUAGUGCAGAUCUUGUGAAAACUUAUCAACAAGCUUUAACAAAAGAAAGCGGUAAUGUAACAUCUAUGCACGUAAUUGACAAAAAAACUUUGGCUAGAACUGGUAAUGCAAUGGAAGCAAAAGGACUUCUAAAACUAUAUAAUGUGUCAUUACCCUUAUUGAAUGGAAAUUCUCAAAAUAAAUUGUUAUUUCUUCAUCCAAGCAUGACAUCCUCAAGUCCUCAAGUAAAAGAAUAUGUCGCAAGACUAAAAGAUAAAGCAAUACUUAUAGGAAAAUCAUGCAAGCCAACUAGGAUUGAGGAUAUGAAUCUUGAAGUAGAGCCAUUAUCAGAGAUGCAAAAACCUCAAUCCAAUGAGAUGUGGUGGCUUCAUACUGCACGAAAUUAUGGUUGGAUCAACGCCAAGAUGAUUCGUGCCAAAAUUUUACAUCAAUACCUAAUUUCUAAAUUCAAUGAUGAAUCACCUAAUAACACAUGCAUUAAUAAAAUCAAUAGAACAUUUCAAACCAUAAUUUUACUUCGUGAUAUGCCAUUAGACAUAUAUUUGAAGAUUAUAGGUCAAACAAUUCCCAGCGAACCAUUGACCGAAUAUGUUUGUUCUGGCCAGAGCAUGUCUGUGAGUAUUAUUGACUUGCCUAAUGAAAUCCGUUCAUCAAUCUUUUCAGGAAAUUAUAAAUUUCGACAAAGUUUAAAGAGAUUGAUUGAUAUUUUGGUAGCUUUGAAAAUUCUUAAACCAAUUCGUCGAGACUUUGAUGAAAAUGGUAAUUCAAUUUUAGAUGUUAGCAAUAAUGAGUCAAUAGAAUGGUCAUUGUCAAAUGCAACAAUAUGUAGUCCACCGCAAACAUUGUUGGCACCAGCCUAUCAACUCAUUUAUAAUGUCCCGAUGAUCGAUUUUUCCAUUCCUGGCGUUAAUAGACCUAUCAUACGAAAUUAUCCGCUAGACACGAUAGAAGAUGUUUCAAUUUAUUGGAGCGAAUUGCAAUAUGUCGCUCAACAAAAAAUAGCAGAAGUAGCAGCAAAUAAAAGUGAUGAAGAGGAAGAUAUUAGUGAAACUGAGGAUGCGGGUCAAGAAGCUUCUGAAAAAAAUGUACAAAAGAAAGGCAAAGCAUCCUCUCAAAAUCUAGAACCUGAUCCUUUGAGAUUUAUUACUUCAUCUUGUAAUUGGAAUUCUGGUUAUCCAUUGACAGCUAGACAAAAGAAACACCUUGAUCAUUAUGUUGAUAGUAAAAAGUCUAAAACACCAUUUGAAGAUGACGUUUUGUGUCGUCAAAUUGCACAAGAGUCUAGCCUUCCAUUUCAAAGAGUAAAAGCAUAUUUUAGAAGAAUUGAUGAAAGCUUUGAAAAGAAAAACAAAGAAGCCAAGGCAGCAAAACAAAGAGAAAGAAGAAACAAAGUUGCCGCAAGAUCCAAGAAUUAUGUUGGUAUUAUUGCAUCAGCAAAUGGUGAACCGACCUUCAGAAGAAAAAGGAAAGUAACAAAUGGUAAUAAUAAGUCUGGACUAAAAAAAUCGACAAAUGAUUAUCAAAAUCUUGGUGAAAAUAAAGAUGUCUUUCAAUAUGAUAAAACCAAAAAAAAGAAACAUCAAGAUAAACAAGAUUAUAAUGAGGAACAAGGUUCGGCCACUAUUGCUGAUGAAGAUGAAAAUAACUCACAACGACGUCCUGUCUGGUCUACUCAGGAAGAUGAAAUUCUUCUUUACGCUUAUGUCAUUCUUAAAAUUCGAUCACAAAAAUUUAGAUUCUUAUGGGGAGCAGUAUUAAAAUUAUUUCCAGAGAAAACCAACGAGAUGUGUCGCCGUAGAGUAAAUGUUUUAAUGAGAAAUGCAGCUACUGUUGAAUAUAUAAAUUAUUUGAUGAGUAGAUGGGAAAAAAUAUAUAAAGAGGGCGUGAAGAAAGGGGAAAUUAUUGAUCCGCAUCAUUCUGAAAUGAUAGAGUUUGAUCUUCCAGAACAAGUAGAUUAUUUCAUAAAAGCAUUACAAAAUUUGUCAAGAAAUGAUGAACCAAUUCCAAUAAUUUUAUUGCCUUCUGAUAUCCAAACUUUAUAUAAGCAUUUCGUAAUUUUAUAUUCAUCACCAACUCAUAAUCAGGAUAUAUAUUACGAGGAUAAACUUUCGGGGUCCUCAUUAAGAAAAAAAAUGAGCAUUCUAUAUUCUCAUUCUUUUACAUGCCGAUUUAAUAAUCAAAACAGCGUAGACUAUUUUAAUAUUGAAAAUCUUACAGAGAAAGAUAUUAAAUUAGAGGCAAUUCAAGCAUUAAUUAAGAUCAUUCUUAUGACACCAGAAGAUCAAUAUGAUUCUUCACAUGCUUUCUCCAUUCUAAACUAUUAUCCAGAAGUGCUUGUAACCGAGUCUCUUGAAUUGAUUAAAGAUACGGGUGUAAUUGUUAGAGUAAAAGCAGGAAAUGAUAGAAGAGUGCCUGGAAGAGGAUAUCAUGUUUCUGACAAGUUUUUGUCAGUGAUCUCUGGUUCAUUGCCGGAUAGAUUUUUUUCUCAAGCCAUUGAUUUCUAUAGAAAAUUCAAUGAUGUUAUUCUAUUUGAAAGAUUUUCAAAUAGUGGUACAAUGGCAUCCAAUCCAAAUGACACUUUGUUUACAAAAUGUGUUAUCCCAGAUCAUAGAAGUAGAAAAAUUGAACCAUCACGACUCCAUUAUGACUUAUUUUUAAAACCUAAUCUGAACGCCUUUAAAGAAAGAAAUAACAAUAAAAAUAUUGAGAACAAGCUUAUCAAGAAUAUAUAUUUGGUUAAAGACAAGGAUGAAGCUUUAACUAUUUUAAAAACAUUACUUGAUUGUCUAGAUCAAGAAUCGCAAGAAGGUGUUAAAGAUGUUUUUGAAACCAUUCUUAGUUCCAAUCAAUUGGGUAUUUCAUUAAUAUCAUUAAAGGAGCACCUUGAUAUACCUAAUGAUGAUUUAUUGAGAUAUAUUGGUCUGUUAGAAUCACAAAAUCCAAGUCUAAUAAUGAAUGUGGGCUUUAAUAAUUCUCGUUAUGUGUGCACAUUUUACGCAAAACUUUGGUUAGUAAAAACAAGUCGAGCACCUGUGUCUAAUCCAGCAAAAAGAGUAAAAUAUGAUUACACAAUAACAGAAAAUGCUUUACAUGUUGGAACAAAUUCAACAACAAUUCAAUCAACUGGUACUAGUGGUAACAGAUUAGAAACAAAGUAUCAUCAACAAGAUGAAACCUAUACUUUGACUAGAAUGUGGUGUGAUAUUAAUGGAAAUUUUAUUGAAUCAGUUUUUCGUGGUUGUCUUGAAGCUUCAAAUAUAUAUCGAAAACUUGCACUUGUUAUGUCACGUUGUGAAAUUCAAGAUAUAUUGGAUGAAUUGACAACAAGAAAAGCUGUAAUGAAAACAUCUUUUAUAAAGCCUCCGAAAGUUACAUUGUUUUCCAAACCACGAGAAUUUAAAAAUUGUGGAGAACAAGUGGGUAAUUUGGCAGUAACAACAGGUAGAAUAAUUACACCAAGCCAUUUACCAGAGACAAUUACUUUAUCAGUUACAAAUUCUUCCAGAUUUCUAAUUCUUGGCACAAAACCAGAAAUCCUUGAAUGGUUAAAAGACAAUUCAUCAAUAAAAGUUGAUGUUGUAUUAUACGAUGAUGCUAAAGAAGCACCACACAUUCACAUACCAGAUUUGAUAAUUGAUUUAUUACCAUACAUUGACACCAAGGGUCACGAGCAGCAUAAUAAUAAUCUAUUUAAUUUUAUUCUACCAACACAUCACCCAGAUUUAAAUUCUGAUCCAGUUAGAUUAGAAAUUCGAGCAGCAGUCAAUCUCGAUGAAACUCAACCUUAUUUCAGAAUUGCAUUACAAAGAAAUUGUACACUUGGUGAUAUAUUAAAAGAAGCAAAGGAGAAAUGGGACAAUACCAUAUUACCUAGUUUAUGGGAUAAUGUUAAAAAAUAUUGUAAUAAUAAAUUAAAAGAAAAAAAUUUGAAAUAA